AUGGUUCCUUCAUUCACGGCGGGGGCCAAUGUACCUUUUCGCGCCAUUGCAGCUCUCUCGGACGCAUCUGUCAACCUAAGAACACUUUCGCGGCUUACACAGCGUCGACAAACGCUGUGUUCAGUCUCCUCACGUGCCUCUUGUACCUGGACUCGCGAUGACGUCAAAGCAAGCCGACAUCCCUUAGUAUACAAACCCUACAGGCAAUGUGGUAUUCGGCCCGCUAGUCUGUUCAGUACAUCAACCACGCGAAGACUGAAACUUGAAGAUGAAGUACCGAAUUCUUCGGCUUCAAGGAGCAGCACUGAGCACCCUUCGCCCGCCUCAACUUCCGCCAAACUCGCUUCGACCCUAAAAUCCACCCUCAAACUCGACAAACCGCGCCACGAGCAGAUUUGGAACAUCCCCAACAUUCUUACGUUUUCGCGUCUUGUCGCAACUCCUGUUGUUGGAUAUCUAAUCAUACACAACCACCAUCUAUACGCCUUCACUCUCUUCACCUAUGCCGCUUUCUCCGAUCUUCUCGAUGGUUGGAUUGCCCGGCGUUGGAAUCUCCAAACUGUUAUUGGAAGUGUCGUUGACCCCAUGGCCGACAAAUUCUUGAUGACAACUCUGGUAACGUGUUUGGCAGUGAACGGUAGUCUGCCGAUGCCACUAGCCGCACUAAUUCUAGGAAGAGAUGUCAGUCUGGCGCUCAGUGCAUUCUACUAUCGGUAUGCCAGUCUGCCGGCGCCCAAGACGAUGGCGAGAUACUGGGAUUUCAGCUUGCCGAGUGCGGAGGUACAUCCCACUACCAUCUCCAAGUUCAACACAUUCCUGCAGUUGAGUCUGCUGGGCACGCUGCUUUGCACCAAUUUGCUGCACGACCCUUCCGCCACCACAUCUGCAGCGGGGGGUUUGCUCAUGUCGAUCCAAGAUGCGCUAGGAGGUGAAGAAGGAGUUAAGACGAUGAUCCAGGGAAUUUCGGCUGUCGUCGCUAGUACGACACUGUACAGCGGCCUCGAGUAUACAUGGUCAAAGAAAGCAGUGGUUAUCUUGGGCGGAGAUGAGGCCUUGAAAAGGAAGCAAGGUUUCCGUGGUAGAAUGAUCAUGGCAGGUGGAUACGGUUCUUUCAUUGCGCUUGCAGCAUAUCUGUGGUUCAACGGCGAGGCUGAAGAGGACCUGAAGAAGGAAGCCAACAAAAAACUGGGUAGCAAAAGUGCAUGA